AUGUACCCCUGCGGAGGCAUAACCAUGGAUAACAACAGGUGCAACUAUCACAGGGGCGUUAAUUCAGCAAUGACGGGGGGCUAUGUCAGUAACGAACAUAUGCGGAGCGUGGCCAACUAUGAUAGCAUCAGGGGGGAGUACAAUUCGAACCCCACCUCCGCUUUCUAUCUACCAACAUCCGGCUUCAGCUCAAUGAACAGUGGAAGGAGUACCAGCCAAGUGAACCCUACAAGUAGCUACCCCCUCUGUGAGCACCUUCUAAAUUCAUAUACAUAUCUAGAGCCUUCGAUAAGCAAAGGCGCACGCACCUCGCACAUGAACACCUUCAACAGUAUCAUGGCUCCCCCAAUUGGAAACGUAGAUAAAGGAGACAAUUUAAAAAACGCACGUGGGUUUUGGGGGGAUUAUUCGUCUGAAGGGUUAACUCAAAAUUAUGACCGCAGGGGGGGUGGGUCGUGUAUGCAGUGUGCUUGUUGGGGACGGAAUGCAGACAAAGAAGGCGGCACUCUGGAUGCAAGCCUUUUAAACAAGGUAUCCGGGCCGUUCCUGGGCUACGGCCUUUACUCGGCGAGCGGAGACACCCAUCCCAGCGCGAGCGCGAGCGCGAGCGCGAAUCGUGCCAUGCUUAAUAUUAACCCCGUAAGCCAUCCUGCAGAAAACGCUAACGUCAGUUUCAACGGAAGGAAUAAUUUGAGUUUUAAUACCGGCAGAACUGAUGCGAAUGCCAUAGCCCUGAAGUUGAACUACGGCUCAGGCGAGGGUGUGAAUGGAACUUUCUAUCAACCAUUUGGAGAAGGAAUCACGAGCGCAGGUAGUAGCCAGGUUGCAAGCGCUGGGGGAAUAGCAGUGAGCGCGAUAAGCUUACCUAGCAAUGUACCUGGACUUUCUAGCAACCCACUAUCAACGCACCUCCUCGAUGCAAACGCAAAUGCCUUCCAACCUGUAAGCGAACGUGUGAGAACAAAUGGAGAAAACACCACUCAGCCGUCGAAUGCACCUAGCAGCGCACACGAUUAUGUAACCCUAAGUCAAGUGUCCAGUAGACAGUGCACAACUCCAUUCAAUUAUCAAGCCAUAAAUGGGUAUCCCUUAAAUUGCUUGUCCUCAAGCACUGGCAACAUGGUAACAGAGCUAAAUAUGAAGACGAGUGGGAAUAAUACGUCAAGUGGGUCGUUUCCCUCGGAUGGAAAUCCCAUUCAAUCUUCGGUCAUUGGCCUGUUGGGGGGGCAGAACGUCGACUCAGCUGUUUCUGUAAAUACCAGUCGGAUAAGAACGGUCAUUCCCACCAUAACUAUAGCCUCGUCUCACCCAAGUGCAGCAACACGGACAGCGUGUCUUACAACACCAGGUAUGUGCAUGGGUGCGCCAAUUCCAUGGAUUACGUCGCCGCACGCACAAAUGAAGAACGUGACCCCUGGAGGGGGAGGAAUAAACGUGAAGCGUUUGGGAACCUUCCCAGAGACGCAACACCCCCUUGGCGAUGUAGAAAUGAAGAAUAUUAUUUAUAGGAAUAAGGUGAAUCGGAGGAGCUCGAUUAACGAGGCGAAUGCGUGCAGCUAUCUAAGGGUGAAUAAAGAGUUGGUGAGGAACACUUUAGGAGGUACCAUGGGAAGGAGCACUCACAGAGGUCGGAAUAGCCACUCCUACGUGAGGGGGAGUACCAACGAGUCGGUAGACAGUCACACCCUGUACCAUGGAAGUGCACCCAGAAGGAACGAAUACAGAGAGGUAUAUCCAGAGCCCCCACUGGAGACGGGCUUUUCGCAUGCAAAAAAUCGAAAAUCUUCCAAUAAGGCGACCGAAGCGAUAGAGCCAGGAUUCUACAAAGAUGUGAAUACAACUGGUCGAACCAAUCGACCCAUGGAUAGGUACACGCAUCUGACGGAACGUAAGAUACUAAGUAAGAGAAGUUAUGAUGUGUUUUCCCACAUAGAUAAUGAACCGCGUGAAAAAAAAGGCUUCAGUAGUUUCCAUUAUGCGCCAAAUGUGAAACGCAUAAGCACGCACCUGAGCUCCAGAGGGAGGAGCACACUUCGGAUGAGCGCUUCAUCCGCAGGGGAGAGCGACAGUGAAAGUGGGAGUGGCGCAUCGGGUGGUGGUCAUGCGAGGAGAAGUUACAAAAAGGAUAGACAGGGUGGUAGAAAAAGUGAGAGGAGAAGAAAAAAAUAUUCAAGUGACACUACAUCGUCUGCUUGUUCAAUGAGCGACAAUGAGGGAGUAUCUUCGGAGUCUUCCUCCUCGUCUUCCUUCUUUACUAGAACCGUUAGUGAUAAAGUAAAAAGGAAGAAAAAAAAAAAAAAAAAAAAAAAAAGUGCAAAUGCAAAUAAGUGUGCAAGUAAGAAUACGAAAGGAAGGUUGGAUGUCCCCGAACAGGCGAAGAGGAAGAGGCCAACAGUUAUCGAAUUUUUGGAUGCCAAAUGGAACAGAAGUUCGUACAACGAGGAGGAGGGUAGGCGUGGAAGUGUAAGUGAAUGUAGAAGUGGGAGUGCAGGUACAAUCGUGGAUGGCGAUGAAAGUGACAACCGGAGCAAUUCAGGAGAUUUUGCGAAAAAGAGAAAGAAAAAUCCCCUCGAUGGGAAGAAAAAAAAAGGAAGGAACAGUAAUUUCGAGGAGACAUGGAAAGGAGUGGGCACUUCCCAGCGAAGCGACGUGUUGUCUUCCAACGCAGAUGAGAAGAUGCGCGAAAGUGAGUGCACUGAGGAUGACUCUGACGAAGGGGAUUCCUUAUCAUGUUCGGAGGAGGGAGUGGAGGCAAGUGGAUUGGUUGACGCGGGUGUAGUCGCGGAAGUGAACAGUGUUGCCAGUGGUAGCGGUGAUAAUGAUGGUGGAGAUGAUAAUCGUAGUGGUGAUUCGCGGGGGAUGCACAGGAAGGAGAUAAAGAGUCGCAAGGGGAAGGGAAAAAAUGAAGAGGGUGCCAUUUCAGCAAAGAUUAAACGGAGAGGUAGAGCGAAAGCCAAUAUAAAAGUUGCGCCGAAAAUUAGGGACGACAAACUGGGCGAGGUGGACAGCGAAGGGGGGGAUGAGUAUAUUAGAAAUGAUGAAUCCGAUGAGGAAGACAACCAUAAGGACUGUGGGAAGAAUGGUGCAUCCCCUAAGGAAGUUUCAAUGGAAGGUGCGGGGAAUAGUCUCACGAGCGAUGAGCAUUCGAGAAACGACUCGAGUGUUGACAGCGAGGAGUUGUAUGGAAGUAUGAGCUCCAGUGAUGACAGUGAGAAGGAUGGUUCUUAUUCUGCAGAUGGAACUUCCGGUGCGGAGAAUUUGGAGGUGGGUGAAGAGGAAGUACAGGACAGUGAUAGCGGAGUAGGUUGUGAUCGUGACAAAAGUAGCGAUGACGAAGUGGGGAAAGCGGAGAGGGAGGAUGGUGCCCCGGCGGAAAGGGAGAGAGAAAUGAAGAGAAAAAAAAGUAAAGUAGAGAAAGCGAAUUCAGUGAAGAGGGAACCCAACGUGCCGUAUGAAGAUGAACAGAAGGACGACACGGCGAUAAGAGCAAAGAGCUCGUCAUCUGCAGGAUGCACAAGCGAUACGGAAGGGAGCGAGAGCAAGUCGAACGGGAGCGAAACGACAUCAAACUACGAAUCCGCAGAGGAGAGCUCGGAGUAUCUCCUAGACUGCUCGUCGGACGAAAUCACCAGAACGGAAGACUCCUGUCAAGGAAGUGGUAACAGCGAAGUGCACGUCGUGGUCGAGGCGAGCCCAGUUAAAAGCGGAAAAGAUAACAUAGGCACGUUGGUAGGCAAAGGUAUAAUAGGUAGUGUAACAGGUGGCGCCAUCCUGGAUGGAGAAACCAACACCUGUGCAUCACCUCUCCUUUGCGUUUGUAGCAGUGGGGUGAAAAGCGAAAAGAGUACCCACGGAGGAGAAGUAAAAGGAGAAGUAAAAGGAGAAGUAAAAGGAGAAGUGAAAGGAGAAGGAAAAGGAGAAGAAAAAGUGAAAAUCAAUAGAGGAAACAAUAACGGGAAGCAAUGUUUCGUGUACAGAGAAGUACAACAUCUCGGCGGAGUAAAAUGUUUCCAAACGGAAUGGGAAACGUGUACUGACACAUCGGGACGACCCCAGCGGAACGAAAAAGCCUGUAUCAUCAAGCAUCAUAGAAGACCAGUAUACACAAAUAUGAAAAGUAUGAAUUACAUUAGCAGGAACGAAAUACUGAAAAGAAUAAACAAAAAUAUAAUAAAAAAAAAAUAUAUAAAUAUAUGUGAAUGGAUCAUUCUUUUAUCGUACCUCUUUUAUAAGAAAUCUCGUUACCUAGACUUCAACAAGAUAUAUUUGUACAAUGCAAUGAAAAGGUUAUCCCCGUUUCUUUUAAAAUUGAACAAAAGCUGUAACGACACAGAAAUAAGGAGUAUCUUCUUUUACUUGAGCAGUAUUUUUAUCUUGGAUGAUCACUUCAUUUUUCGAAUUAAUAUUUUCAUUUUCAAUUGGUUCAUUUUUUAUGUAUAUAAAAUGAAGUUAAAAAAUGUGCACUUCAUUGAAGACUUAAAUUUGUUAAUAAAUAUUUUUUGCGGAUUCUUGACGAAUAGAAAAUUUAUGAAUUAUUCUCUUUUAUUUCUCAUCAAUGUAGUUUUGCAGAAUGUCCGGGGCAGGUGUCUUUACUUGGGGGGUAACUACAACUACGUGUGUUCUUUAUACGUGUCUUUGUUCUCGAAAGUUGUGUGCCUAGCUGUACGGCACAGGGAGGAACUGAGAAGGUACAGAAGAGGUGGUUUUCUCACCAAAGAGGGGGGGAGGAACACCAAGGUUAACCGGAGUAAGAACGGAAUGCUUAUAUGGGAGGUUCCAAAAAAUGAAAAAUGUAAAGUAGAGUUACGAACAGAUGAGAUGGCCAACCGAGUUGACCAGAGGAAUGUAUAUACCCUCAGCGAAGUAAUGGUCCAAAGUGACGAACGGGGAAAAUCACCAAAAACAGGAACAUCUGUCCCUUCCAAGCGACAGGAUCUGAUCCUCCUGUACGUACUCUACGUUUCAAGAAACAACUUUUCCAUUUACGUGAACAUCCUGAAACAUAUUCUGGGGGACAUUCUAAAAUUUAAACUGACCUACAAUUUCCACAAGGUAAAAAUAAAAAGCAGAACUUUUUACAAGAAGAUUAUUCGAUGCUUGAAAAAUGUUAAAAAAGUUAUGAACAGGUCAGCCAGGAAGAGAAGAAAACAGGGGAAGGACAAUACGACUGGAAAGUGGGACGACCACACGAACGUGAAUUACUCUUUCGUGUACCUCCUCAUCGGGGUGUUGAUGGAGUACACAUCCUUUUCCUUCACUCGGUCCGUAGUGAACUUCUUCAGAAAUGAUAAGCUAGCCACUCUGCAUAGAGAGCUCGUCUCACAUCUGAAGGACUACACAGAUGUCACCUUCAAGUACAUGAAAUUUUUUGCCUUGGAUUUGAUGAAGAUUUAUGCUAACAUUUGGUUACGAAAUGUUUUUACGGCUGUUAAUUUAAAAAAAAUGAGUGGGCUGGAGGGAUCAGAUGGUGUGCAUGGUAAUGUGGAUGAUGCAGAUGGGUGUUUAUCCGUCCUAGCGGGGGGAGAUCCAAAUGGGUGGAGGCGACGACGCACUGUUAAGAGGAGUUUAGUGAGUACAGAAAUGACUGCUCAAGGCGGCCAGUCCACCACUACGGGAACCACCAUAACGGCCACGACAAGGACGGUGAUCACCCUCCACAUGGGGUGUAAGUCUCCCAGGGAGGAUGGAGACCCAGACCAAAAAGGCGAAAGGGAAGUAACGCAAACGUAUGAUUUCAAGGGAAGAAGUGAUGUGAUAUAUACUCCGAAGGGGGAAUUGCAAAAUAGAUACCCGUGUGUGAUGAACGGGGACCCCUGCCAUGAAGGAAAUGAUGAGUCCUUACCGUUGGGUAUCUGCACGGAAGGGAAGGAAUUGGUGGAACAUUGCGAGGUGGUCUCUUUCAAAGGUGAAGCGAAAAAUGAGGGCGAGUGUCCCGAUGGGGAUUCUCCAGAUGUACUCGUGGGGAGAAAAGCCAGAAUGAAAAAUUCUAAGAAAAAUGAAUCGCCAAAUCGAUUACAAAAGAAAAUUAAAGGAAACCACUACGCGAAUGAAAGUUUCGUGAAUGCCACUCUCUUUAUGCUAUGCAGAUGUCUGAAGGUGUUCAAAGGAAGUGCCACACUUAACGCUUUGUUCGAUGUUUUGUUUCUUUCUUUUAUCCAUAGAAUUGAUGGCAACAGGUUAAGGAGCUUUCUUGUAGAAAUGUACACCACAGAUGAAGAACUGAGUGGGUUGGUAACGAAAAUAAUUUUUAGGAGUGAGCUUCGGGAGGAAUGUCUUCGCAAUGUAUGCUUUGUGAAUUAUAUUUUGGAAAGGAAAGAGCCUCUCGGUCUUCUGCAUCUCGAUUUGACUGGCUUACAGGUUGGCCUGGCUGACGUGUGCGCAUUUUACCUCAGGGGAUUUAUAAGGUGUGAUGGCAGAAGAAGGAAGAGAAGGAGUCAUAUGGGUCAAACCGGUCGAUCUGGUCAAAGCAAUGGGAAGUGCCACCCCCUUGAGGACGGACAUGUUGCAGAGGAGAACUACCUGAACGCACAGUUGCAUGUGAAGCCUUGUCCUUGCAUGUUUCUCAUGUAUAUCCUUUUCUUUUCAAGGAUAUUUCAAAAUUUCAAAAUGUACUUUAUGCAUUUUACGAGAUUUUCCUAUUCCCUUCAAAGGACAGUAAUGACGGAGAAGGAAAGCACAAAGAAGGUGGUUAUACGUGGGGAGGCGCCCAGGUGUCUGGAGAGGGGAGUUCAACAUGAUUACCGCUGUGACUACUGCGAGAGAGGUGUCUUUUCGGAUGGCGCAACGUCGGAGGGGAAGAGGACCCGCACAUGGAGUUCGCUGAAGCAAGGGAGGAAAAUGAUAUCAAAGUGGGAGGAAGUCAAAUGGAGCGGAAACGCAAAGGGGAUAAUGGGGAAAUACCACCUGAUAAACUUUGAAGAUGGAAUAAAUAUGCCUUCCUUUGGAAGGAUGAAGAGAUGCUCAUCACCCAUCUGCUUGCGAACCGACCAGAUGGAUGGUGCAGUAAUUCCAACGAUGUUGGGAAGUCUGAAAAUUCGGAAAAAUAAUUCAAUAGGAAAUAAUGAACCCUUGUUUAGUGAAGAAGCAGCCUAUCACGUUCUAAGCGUCCUGUAUGAGCAGAGGGCGAUGCACGAUGUUCAGUUGGGGAGUGUAUUCGCCAGGAUCGAUGGACAUAUAUUUGAUGGGCGCCGGGGAGGAAGGGGAACAAAAGGGAAGAUACGAAGCAAGGGGAAUCCCCAGUGCGCGACAGAAGAGCGCAUCCGAGAACGGUACUCGAAGAUCCUAAGUGGCGUCCUGAAAUGGAACAAGCAUAAUAUUGCCUAUAAUAGAAGGAAGGAAGAGGAAAAGGAGAAGACAACACUCAAAAGGAGAAGAAAUAAAUAUACAAACAUAAUCAUCGAUGUGUACCCCUUAAUUUUUCUAUCCCUCACGAAGCUACUUAAGGCCACUAUAAGCAUUAACGAUGAUGUGAAGGGAAAAUGCUUCGAUGUGAAGAAUGAGGUAUUUCCAGUCCAGUUGCACAUCUCUGUGGAUCUAAAUAAGAAUGAAGAGGCACUAAAAAUUCAUCAGAAGGAAAUAAAAUCAAUGGAAAAAUCCAAAUGGCAGUACUCCUUCGUUAGGAAGUGUCCAUGUACUGAUUACCCAUCCCAUAGUCGCUACAGAAGGUCAUCGAACCACAAAUCAUCGCAACAUUUCCUGGAAAAAACCAACUGCAGACUGAACCUAGCAAUAAAACUUUUGUACAGAGAAAUAAAAACCGACUUUUACCUUUUGAGUGAGUACUAUGAUGAGAAAGUACACAUGUAUAGGACGCUCCUGAUUCUGUUGGUGUUGAAGUAUUUGUCCAGUGGUCUGAACUUAUCUUCAUUUCGUAGGAGGUUUGUUCUUUUUUUUGUUCAGAGAUUGUUUCGCUUGCUAUGCUUCAGAGUCAUGUGUUUGUUCUUAUCCGACGUGCAUCUGAGUAAGUUGACUAGUGAGGUACUCGUGAUAGAUGAUAACUUCCUCCUGAAGAGUUACCAGGCGAAGCGGCAAAGGGAAAGGCGUCGUAUGGAGAAGGACCCCCCUGGAGGCGGGCAACACUCUCCACGCCGGAGUCGGCUAUUCCAAAGGAAGUCCUACAACAGGUAUAAGAGGUACGCGGAGAAUUUUCUCUUCAACGUUAAGUUUGUUAACGACGGAGAGGUAGAAGGGGCGGAAGGAUCGCCAAGGAGGCGCACCGUCUACAAGCCAUUCGUCCCAUUCGGAAGCAUGGUGAUGACGAAGAGGGAGAUUCUAAAACUGAAGCUACAGCGGAAGGAGGAUAUAAAGAAGGACAACCUUUAUAUAAAUAAGUGCAUUUUGAAGGGAAAGUGGAAAAGUAAGAACAAAGGAGGACUGGAAGUAGGAAAUCAAUUACCAAAUGAAGAGAAGGAUUCGAUCUAUCUGUCCAUCGUAUCCAUAAUUCUGUUGAUGAAUACCCUGAGGAAGAACCGCAACUAUUCCAACAGUAUCAAUUUUUAUUUAAGUCUGUUACUUGACAAAUUUUUGGAAAAAAAAAAAUACAUACAUGUGGAUGAUCAGUAUCUUGUGCAUAGUUACCUGGUGAAUCUACAGAACCCGCUACAAAGGAAUUGUAAGAAGGAGCUCUUCAUGAUGAGUGAAAAGAGCUGCUGGAUAAGAAGAAGGUUUGAACUGAUUAACAGUGGCUACAAGUUUUUUAUAUCCUCAAGUAGAUUCCCCUUGUUUGAGUUCACUUUUUAUGAAUCCUUAAAAGUGUACUUGGCUUUUAUGCACAAAAAUGCAUUAGGAGCUCUGGUUUGUAAAAUCUCAACGUUUAAUAGCAUGUAUGCGAGUGUGAACAGGAAUUUGCAUUUCGGCAUUAAAAUCAACCAUCUUAUGUGUUGUAAACUUAGCACCCUACUGGUGGAGGAACAGUUGAAUAUGCGUUUGAAUAAAUCUCUUUCGGGUGUUACUUCCAUCUUGUCUGCUUGCAAAUUUCUCUUCAUCUCGAUGCUGGAUGAAAGUGAGAAUUGUGAACUGCUCCUAGUACCUCUGUCAGGGGAGUCCGCCAGUUAUGAGCAGAACACUCGGGUGGAAGAAGCGGAGCAGAUACACCGAGUGUGUCUGCCCGCCGGGGAAGGUGAACAAAUGUUAGGCUGGCAGCACAUGCUGGUUUCUGGUAGGGAAGCCGAAGGGAAAGGACUAAGGGGGGGUCAUGCACAUCACAUGAGAGUGGGUCAAAAUAAUUUCAGCCGUGAUGAUUCUUAUGGAGAAAAAUCAAACGUAUCAAAUUUGAUAAGUGUGGAGAGCGGGACUAAUGGGCACUCUGAUGCCCCACGGAGGUACAACUUGAAUGAGAAACGGUUGGGGCGACUGGUGGUUGGGAACUGCUCAAGAGAUUAUGUAAGUACCGCCGUUAGAACAUUGGAGAGGUGCGAAGUGGAGAAAUCAGGUGGGGAGAAUAAUGGGGGAUGUAAUGAGCGGGAGAGGCAAUUAAUCCCCCAAGGGGGUAAUUUAUACCGCACCUCUCAUAUAACCGUCGAACACUGCACCAAGUAUCAAAUUGAGCAUUACCGUAAGGACGAAGGAGGAAACAUCCCUAUCAGGAAAAAAGGAGCCAUCUACAUGAAGCCGAACGACGUGAACAAACUAAUCACUUCCUUCCAACUUAUGAAUAGAACUAUUGCGGACUGCACCGAUUUCAUUUGCGAGUUGUACUUUUCCAGUGAGAGGGAUGGUAUUCCACAGGAGGAAAAGGAGAAGCGAAGUAGACGCGUGUACACGUGGUUUGAGAAUUGCCUAAAUGUGUUAACCUUCGAGAAGUGGGUCGUCCAUCAGCUUUACAACAAAUUUGAUUAUACUUCCUGCAUCUAUACGUUAAAGAAGGAAAAGAUAUUGGCUACCCACGUGGUUAGAAUGAAUUCACACAUCCUAAGGGACAUUUCCAAGAUGCAGAGUUACUUUCAGGAGCGCUUCGAUGAUGUGAAGAAGGCUUGUCAUGCGGAUAUGGUAGCGAAGCAGGGAGAGAGUGAACCCAUAUGCACAGAAAAUUGCACAUCUGUGUUACAUAAAAUGGAGGAAUCAAAUUGUGCAGAUGUGGCCGGACAGCUUCGUGGGGAUCAGGAGGAACUGGCGAAGCCUGACGAACUCAUUGAAGAUUAUGAUGAGUUAAACUCUUUUAUUGACUUUGAGAAGGACAUAUCGUCCGGUAUGCUUCUACAACGGACGAAUGCACGUGCCGUACAGGGCAAAGCUGGUGAGGGUGUUCAGAGGCUGAAUGAGUACAAGGUCGACGAGGCCUGGCUUACAUACAUCCGAUCACUGAUUUGA